UCAGCGUGUGUGAGUGUGUGCGCUUUCAGCAUAAGGGCCGAACUGAAGUGUCAGCGCAUCCGGACACAGGACAGCCAUGGCCCUGCUAGAUUUAGCCUUACAAGGCUUCUCCAUCUUCGGAUUUAUCUUAUUUAUCGUCCUCUGGCUCAUGCACUUCGUGUCCAUCAUCUACGUCCGUCUGCAUCUCAACAAGAAGACCACAGACAAGCUGCCGUACAGUAAACUGGCUGGAGUCUCGCUGCUGAAGCCCCUCAAGGGUGUGGACCCCAAUCUAAUAAACAAUCUGGAGACAUUCUUUGAGCUGGACUAUCCAAAGUAUGAAAUUCUGCUGUGCGUCCAAGACCACGAUGAUCCAGCCAUUGAUGUUUGUAAAAAGCUGCUGGGCAAAUAUCCCAAUGUUGAUGCCAGGUUAUUUAUAGGGGGUAAGAAAGUGGGCAUCAAUCCCAAAAUAAAUAACCUCAUGCCAGCUUAUGAAGGGGCCAAGUACGAACUCGUCUGGAUCUGUGACAGUGGCAUUCGAGUGAAGCCAGACACUCUGACUGAUAUGGCUAAUCAGAUGACCGAGAAGGUGGGUCUGGUUCAUGGCCUGCCAUACGUAGCAGACAGACAAGGAUUUGCCGCUACAUUGGAGCAGGUAUAUUUUGGAACAUCCCAUCCUCGUUCCUACAUCUCGGCCAAUGUAAUGGGGAUCAAGUGCGUCACAGGGAUGUCGUGUCUCAUGAGGAAGGAUAUCCUGGACCAGGCUGGCGGGCUGAUUACGUUCGCGCAGUACAUCGCUGAAGAUUACUUCAUGGCCAAAGCCAUCGCAGACAGAGGAUGGAAAUUUUCCAUGGCAACGCAAGUAGCCAUGCAGAAUUCGGGCUCAUACUCUAUUGCACAGUUCCAGUCACGCAUGAUCAGAUGGUCCAAACUGAGAAUCAACAUGUUGCCAGCCACUAUCAUAGAGCCCAUCUCAGAGUGCUUUGUGGCCAGCCUGAUCAUUGGCUGGGCUGCCCAUCAUGUGUUCCGCUGGGACAUCAUGGUGUUUUUCCUGUGCCAUUGCCUGGCCUGGUUCAUUUCUGACUACAUUCAGCUCAGAGGAGUACAGGGCGGCCCUCCAUCCUUUUCUAAGCUGGACUAUGCUGUGGCCUGGUUCAUCAGGGAGUCCAUGACAAUUCAGAUUUUCUUGUCUGCUCUUUGGGACCCCACCAUCAGCUGGAGGGCGGGUCGCUACCGAUUGCGCUGCGGAGGUACGGCAGAGGAAAUCUUGGAUGUUUAAAGCGCACCAAGUGCCAUGGACUAUGCGCUGGUGGCAAAAAAGAAAACUGAACUGCAAAAAGCAGCAGAUGGACAAACAAACUGCAACUUUUAUUCCAAAUUCUGAUAGUUUUUUAUCCGUGACUUUAGGUAGCUUCAAUAGAUUAUUUAUGUUCUUGAUGCUUUUGUUUUCAUGCGAUGACCUUGAAUUCUAGAUGAGCCAAAAAGCUGAAGAAGUGGAGAAGAGAAAUGAGGAAAUGAUGUCUGGUAAUGUGGCGGCACUUUGACGGGACAUCAGAUUCCUAAUGAAAACGCAUCAAAAUUUUAGGUUUUUGUUUUUGUUUUAUUUUUAAAUGUCCUGGCAACAUAUCUAGUGUUGAUGAACAACAGCAUAUACAUUUUAUCAUUUGUUUAUAUCAAUGGUAUGACUUUUAAUGCUAGUAAUAACACAAAAGUGAUGUGGGGUUAAAGGCAUAGUUCACCCAAAAAUGUAUGACUAUUUCUUCUGUGGAAUACAAAAUGAGAAAUUUUGAAUAAUGUACUAGUUGCUCUUUUUAAUGCAGUAAUGAAGAAUUGGGAUUGGAGCUUUCAAGCUUUAAAAAAAAAAAAAAAAAAAAGCACCAUAAAAGUGGUCCACAUAUGCGAUAUUCCAAGUCUUCUGAAGUCAUAUGAGGAAGUUAAAUGUCAUAGCUCUCCAUUGCGCAUUCAUGAGAGAAGUGACAAUGUCCUAUUCUUGAACAAAUCAUCCUUUUGAGUAUCAGUUUUUGCAAUACAUUUUUUUGAUCCGUUUCACAAAACCUGUCUGACUGAUUCGUUCACGACUGAUCUUUUUCUCGAGUUCAACUUCGAUGGGUUGCAGCAGUUCUCAAGUUAAUCUUCGCCCUCUAUUGUACUGUUAUAAGUUAUUCAUGACUUGAUUUUGUCCUGUUUGUCACACAAACCUAUAAUAUAACUUCGGAAGACUUGGAAUAGAGCGCAUGAAUCAUAUGGACUACUUUUUGGUGCUUUUGCAUCUUUUUGAAGCUUGAAACCUCCAGUCCCCAUUCAUUGUAAUUGCAUGGAAAACAGUGGCCAGUACAUUCAUCAAAAUUUCUCUUUGUCUUCCACAGAAGAAAGAAAUGGGUAUGGGUUUGGAUUUGAGGAUUUUCAUUUUUGAACGCUCUAUUCCUUUAAGACAAAUGACUGAAGCAUUCUAAAAUGGUACUAGCAUAUGAGUGGAUCACUUGCUUAUCACAGUGUUGCUCUUAACGUGUAGCACUCUUGCCAUAUUUUAUAAAUGUGUGGACUUCUGAAUGCUCAAAAUGGAUCCAUUCAGGUCCAUUUUGUGUUUACUAGGCAGAGCAAUAUCUUCUAUAGAGGGUGAGGUUAUACAUAGGGAACAGUGGUUCGUGUACAGUUACCUUUGAUCUUUCUUUGAAAAAUUGCUACGUUUGCAAAAUGCUUGAGAAAAACUCUGCAUCCACCCUACAGUAUUCAAACUUGAGGUAUGAAGGUUUAGCCUACGUUAUCCUCAACACAAUAUUUGCAAAUGUAGUGCCAUUUGAAGAGUAACCAUUUUUAUCAUUAUAAUUUUCGCAUCUUCAAGCAAAUACAAGGGGUUUUACCUUUUCUUGUAAGGCUUUACCCCUGGUUCAUUAUCUUGUGUAAAUGCACUAGUCGCACUCGUUCCAGGACCAGGGUGUGCUAAACACACAUUGGGCAUUUCCCCCCUGCACCGUUGUUCGCCAGAGAAGUAUUUUCCUGCAAAUGUUUUGACUUUUUACUAGAUAGAAUUCACCACACUUCUAACUAAAUUGUCCAAACAUUUCAUCCGGUUGCAUUUCAGUUAACCCGUUUAACCUGAUUCCAAUGUUGUGAGGCAAGAGCUUGAGAACUUUGUUUAUAUACACUCAGUUUUUUGAGUUGACACAAUUCAGCAUGACUUCACGCCCACAAUUAUAUAAUCAUCGGCAGAUGUAUGCCGACAGGUUUACAGUCUGAUUCAUUUUUAAAAAUUCACAGUCGGACAGUGUGCCUUUUUAGGCUUUUCUAAUUCCCCAACUUUUACGCAAACACAUUUAAAGAAAUAGUUCGCCCCAAAAAUGAAAAUUCUCAUCAUUUUACUCACCAUCAUGUUGUUCCAGUUUUGUUUUCCAUGGAAGAAAUACAGGUUUGGAAUGAUAUGAGACUGAGUAAACGAUUUUUGGGUGAACUAUUCCUUUAACAUUGCAAAGAGUCAAACAACGUUCAGAAAACAAUUUACAUACUUCUGUCAUCUUUCCCCUUUUUUCCUUCUGCAGUUGUAUCUUGAACUGCUUGUUUCUGUCGAGCACUGUCGAAAGCUAUUGUUGAAAAACCACUCGCCCUGCAGUGUCCUCAUUCUUUGAAACUCUCGCUUGUCUUCGUGUGUUUGUGAUUCAUUGUUUUCAUCGUGAAGUACCCAUGCCAACACUGGCAGUAUUGUUUUAGACAUAAUCUACUCAUUCACUAGAACUCACAAACCUUAGUAUGUGAUUCAGGGCAAACAUAUUGGCAUGAGCCAUGCGCAUGUGCCUUGAUGUAUUCCAUCAACUGCCAUUUCAAUUUCUCUUUUCAGAGUAAUAAAAACUGUUUUAGCCCAAUGCCAAAUUCUCAAUCCUUUAAUAAGAAGUAUUGGUUUGUCAUUUCUAAUUAGAAUUUAUUUGUUUUGGUGAAAUCUUUGGGCUGACUAUUGGAAAUAAAUUGUGUUUUGUGCACGAGGCCAGGAAAUUUACGCCAGUUGACCAUAACAUGGCAAUUGAAGUAUUAAAAGUUGGGAAUUAAUCAAUUUGCAAUAAUGAGACUGUUUAAGUUUUAGGAGAAAUACUAUGUUCAGACUGUGAAACAAAAAUUUGCUUCCAAAACCCAUUUCUGGGCAAAUUUUACGCAAGCAUUUCCAGGCCACAUUUUACCCCAUCAAAAGGAAUAUAAAAUUAUAUUUUUCAUAAAGCAUAUAUAUAUAAUUACCUUUUAUGAUUUUUAUUGAUUUCUUUUUUUGCAUUUAGACAUUCUUUUCAUAAGAAUUAUAUGUAUUUUACCUGCAUUUCUUUGUUCGCCAUUAUUCUGAAUGGUGUUUUAUUUUUUUUUGUUUUUUUAUUUUUGUACUUUUUUUUUUUUUGCAUAAAUACACACAGUACAACAAAUAUUACUUAUACAUGAAUACUAAUAAUAAUGAUAAUAUAUAGUAAUUUAAUAAUCAGAAUGAGAAUUUGGCCAGAAAAGUGCUUGAUUGUCAUGAAAAUAUUAUCCGUCACAAUGCAAAAAAUAAUUAAUGGUCCUAAAAUUGGAUUCAUUUUCUAUCUUUUGAUUUUGGGAUGAAUACGACCUGAAAAUUGACUAUUUUCAUUCGAUUCACCCUUCUAUGUCUAGAUUUGGUUUAAUAAACAUUUCAUAUUUUGUACUUCCUGUAAACAAUGGGCCUCAUUCAUGAAACAUGAAGCAAAAUAAUUUUUUGCAAAAUUGUCCGCAAAACUAGCCUUGCGUAAACUAUUGCAUUAAACUGAAGAUUUUAUUCAGUAAACCAAUUUUGUUUUGCUAAACUAAGAAUACUUUUCAGAUUUUGUUCGCAAAGACAUUCUUACGUAAAUUGUCGCAUUUAACUGAAGGGUUUAUUCGUUAAACCAUUCUCAUUUUGCUAAACUAAGACUACUUUUCAAAGCCAUUCUCGCGUAAAUUGUUGCGUUUUAAAUUAAUGCGUUGGUUUACGUAAAAAUUGGUAUUUAUGAAGGAUUUAAAAAAUAAAUUAGUUCUGCUUAUGUUUCAUUAACAAGGCCCGUUGUGAUGUGGCUCAACAACAUUGGAAAAAUGAAAUGUUCCAUUAUGUUAAUGUGAGACUAACAUGACAUUUUCAUUGUCUAUCUGUAACACUUCAAACGCCACAAUAAAAACAAUAGGCUAGCGGUUUGGUUUUGGUUAGGAAAGGGGAAGGCAUUUUCUGCAACUAUCCAAGUUCCUCUGACUUUCAAACCAUAUCUGCUGGUUUUUAUUUUUUAUGUUUGUGAAAUAUUGUCAAUAAAUAACUUGUAAAUUCACCUCAUUUAUGGAAAGUCUAAUGCACUGUACAUUUUUCUGUUUAGACUUUUCCCUUUUUGUGUGGCUGUGAGUGAAUGUGACGGAGUUCGUCUUUUCAGAAAUGUUUAUUGCCUUUUUUGAUAUGUCAGUCCUGAACGGACUGUAUUAUUGUGAUGUGGGGAGCUGGACUUUUUGUUUAACCAUACAUGUACAAUUGUAUGUUUGUCAAUAGAUUAACAUGUUUUAGCAAAGACCGGUGACCUGUAUGGUAUCAUGUGACCAUGAGCACACUUGUGGCUGUUUCGGAGUACCAGUAGCUGCUUUUGUCAACACCCUUUAUUCAAACACAAACUAAAUAGUGUCCCACUAGUUAACAAAACAGUCUACAGAUUUCACUUUGUCUACAUGAACAGCACUGUAUUGUGUGCCAAUUUCAAAAUGGGUGUGUUUCAAAACCAAGUGAGCGGAGUUUUAGUGGCAAUAUUGGUGUGUUUGAACUGGUUUUGAGCACUCGGACGUGCACCUAUGAUGACCAGAAUUGCUGUCUAGGUAGACGGCACACUAGGUUUUGAGACGCAGCCAAUAUAAGUGUCAUAUGCGCUAACAUUUUCACUCUAGUUUAAAUAAUCCAAAUGAACAAAAUGGCGCAGAGAAUCUACUUCGACAUGUUUACCAUAUGGUCACUGGUCACAGUAGAGAAAAAAGUCUAGUUGUGAUCCACCACUUUUAUUUUAUGUGCUGUUACAAAGAGUAAACAAAAAGCUUUUAAUUUAAGAAGAUGUACAGAUUAUUUAUGAAGUUAGCUUAAUUUAUCAAAGUUGUACAUUUUGUUCCUCGGCAGUGUGAAAGUAUGGGUGGACAAACUUCAGUUUUUCAAUCUUUUGUGUUCAUAUUUUGUAGAUGUUUGUUGAACUGUAUUCAUGAUGCAGAAUGCAUAAUCCACUGCUGGAAACUGUUAUUACAGAUAAAUUAAAGCUUUAUCAAGCAAUAUCAAAA